CUCUCUCUCUCUCUCUCUCUCUCUCUCUCGGCGGUAGAGGCUCCUCGGUGUCGGUAGUGAAACUCGGACACACCGAUCAGCGGAUUUCCUUUUUUCUACACGCAUGAAAACACAGAUUUAUUAGUGGAACCCGUAAGUGUUCGCCCCCAGCUGAGGUUUUCCGCCUGAUUGAGGAAAUUUCCGACGCGUUCUGCUCUCAUCGCUGACAGAAUGUCCAGUGAGGUCCAGCCGAGGCCAGACGACAGUCCCAACACGAGCGGAGGCAGUUCUGACGUGGAACAGAGAGACGUGGCCUCGUCGGUGCAGCCGGAGGAGAGAGAGAGAGAAAGGGAACAGGCUCCACCAAAGAAAAAGGAGGCCAAGUUCUCCAGCAAGACUCCCGCUAAACUCUCCACCAGUGCCAAGAGGAUUCAGAAGGAGCUCGCGGAGAUCACUCUCGACCCUCCUCCAAACUGCAGUGCCGGCCCAAAAGGAGACAACAUCUACGAGUGGAGGUCCACCAUCCUGGGUCCUCCAGGCUCCGUGUACGAGGGAGGGGUCUUCUUCCUCGAUAUUGCCUUCACUCCAGACUACCCCUUCAAACCGCCCAAGGUGACGUUUCGUACCAGAAUCUACCACUGCAACAUCAACAGUCAGGGCGUGAUCUGCCUGGACAUCCUGAAGGACAACUGGAGUCCAGCGCUCACCAUCUCCAAGGUGCUGCUGUCCAUCUGCUCUCUUCUCACAGACUGCAACCCUGCCGACCCUUUGGUGGGAAGCAUCGCCACACAGUACCUGACCAACAGAGCAGAGCACGACAGGAUAGCCAAACAGUGGACCAAGCGCUACGCCACAUAGACCCUACCGUGCUUCUUCUUCAGAGCUCCAUCCCUUCCCCACCCUCGUCCCCCCCUUCAACCCCACGACGAACUCUCCUUCAUUUUCUUGUUGACUUGAACGCUUUUUUUUUAUACAGUGUAUGCAUACUAAGAGCAAGCUGAUCAGGAUUGUACUGUUUUUUGUUUUUUUUUUUCCUCCCCGAAUACACUGAAUGUUGGCAUGGUCAUCAAAAGCUUUAUUAUUUGUAAUGUUAUAUUGCUAUUAUGACCGUUCUGCUAUUGUUUUUUUCCCCUCGGAUGCGUGGACUGCGCUACGGAUCCUGACGCUCAAGACAAAGUGAUCACUGAUUUUUUUUUUUUAUGAAGCGGACAUUCUUUCCCCACGUAAAGUUUUUUUUUUAAUCUCAGCUCCCUGCUCUGUUAAGUUGUAUAUGUGGAACACUAUGGCAGCGGCCUGUUUAUUUCGGAAUGCAGCCUGCAGCUCGCUCCCGCGCAGCCGACGGCAGCUCGUUGUAAAAUGCACAUUGUGAGAGAAAAUCCGACUGAUACUCUGUAAGUAACCGAGUGAAUAAAUGACGUGUUGAGCUGA